ACCGUAGACAAGCAAUUCAGGCAGAUCUUAUCAAUCAGAUAAAAACCCCGCCAAGACCAGAAAAAUCAGACGCAGAAACCGCAAUCAACACACCAUCCAUCCAUCCAUUCAGUAUCCCCUCUAUCCCUCUGCAUCUCACUCCCCAUUUCAGCCCUAGGGUCUAAAUUUAUCUCCAAGCCAAGCCCCGCCGCGAUGCACAUCCGGCCCUCAUACCCGAAAAAGACCCGUCCUCGCCCAGGCCUUCUCCACGAAUACGCCGAGCGCCUCGUCGCAUUCGAAUACGCUACAGCCGGACAAGUAAAACCACAUACCCUCCUCUUCAUCCCGGGGCUGGGCGACGGGCUCGGCACGGUCGCGUAUCUAGAUGAUAUUGCUGCGGCGCUGGAACACACGGAAUGGUCGGUUUUCUCGCCGGUGUUGUCUUCGUCGUAUGGCGGGUGGGGGAUGAGUGGGCUGGGGCGGGAUAUUGAUGAGAUGGCGCUUUGUUUGGAGUAUAUCGUGGAGUAUAAACGGGGUGCGGUGUCGUCAGAGUCUACGACAUCGACGGGGACAUGCACAGAACCGGAGAUACGGAGCGGCUCACGGCCGGGAAAGAUUGUCAUUAUGGGCCAUUCAACUGGCAGCCAGGAUGUCUUGCAGUAUAUUAGCUCGAUCAACCCGAGACAUCCUCACCCCGUGCUGGAUCGUGGGGGGUCGGCGCCGCCGAUCUUAAGGCCGCAGGUUGACGGAGCGAUUAUGCAAGCCCCAGUCUCAGAUCGGGAGGCGAUUCUGACUGUCCUGAAGGAGGGGAAUCGUCACCAUACUGCGGAGGAGAUGCAGAUGAUUUAUGAUCGUGCGAUUGCGGGGGCUAGGAAAGAUACGUUUGAGAAGGAUGGGCUGGAUACGGUGGUGCCGUUGCCGUAUACGGCGAGUAUUGGGUACCCCGGCAGCACGGCGAUUAGUAGUCGACGGUUUCUUAGUCUGGCGAGUCCGGAUAGUCCGCGAUCUCCAGGUGAGGACGAUCUGUUUAGCUCGGAUUUGGGAGAGGAGCGGUUGAGGAAGACGUUUGGGAUGGUGCGUGAACGGGGCGUGUUGAGGGGGGCUGAGAGUUUGUUGGUGCUGUAUUCUGGGAGUGAUCCUUCUGUUCCGGCGCAUGUUGAUAAGGAGGCUUUGUUGAAAAGGUGGCGAAGGGUUACUGAUGCGGACCGGGAGAUAUGGCAUGCAGAGAGUGGGAUUAUUCCUUGGGCGUCUCACACGCUUGAAGGGCCGGACCAGGUUGAGCAACGGCGGAUUCUGGUGCAUAAACUGCAUGUGUUUUUGACUGAUAUUGAAAAUGAUGUACCGAAGUAAUGACUUAUGAAUAAUGAAUUGAUGCCCAAAGUUGGAAUAUAUAUAGUUUGUCGGAGUAAAU